CUGGCGCCAAACGAUAUUCCGCAAAAUUGCUUUCAAUCUGGAGACCGCCGAAGGUUCGACCGAUGUUUUGAGCUACCACCCGCGUUCGCCAACUUAGUAAACAAUAAUCAUGGCUCUGGAUUUCUCAGCGACGUACAAACUGUUAGUUUUGGGUGAUUCCAACGUCGGCAAAACCUGCAUAGUGCACAGAUAUUGUGAUGAGAGGUAUUACGACAUUUACAUUUCCACAAUAGGUAUAGAUUUCAAACAAAAGAUCAUCAAUUUGGAUGGAGUGCCAAUCAAGCUACAAAUAUGGGACACCGCUGGCCAGGAAAGGUUCAGAACCCUUACUACGGCGUAUUACCGAGGAGCGAUGGGCAUCAUCCUCAUGUACGAUAUAACUAAUCUCGAAUCAUUUAACCAUUUGUCUUAUUGGCUGAGGAACAUUCAAGAGUACGCAUCUCCAGAUGUUAUUAAAGUAUUAGUUGGCAAUAAGUGUGACGUGCAUGAGAACCACCGCGCUGUUCCUAAGGAGAGAGGCCAAAAGAUUGCGGAUGACUUUGAUAUGCCUUUCUUUGAAGUAUCUUGUAAGAAUAAUAUUAACAUAGAAGAAGCAUUCAUUACUUUAGCAAGAAAAAUAAGGGAAUACAGAGAGACUAAGGCGGAUGCAUUUGAGCUAAAGGAAAGAGACAACGUUAUAAAGCCGUCAGAUUCUGAAAGUGACGUUUCAAAAUGCAGUUGUUAGCCUGACUUCUAGAAGAUUGAAUUAAAUAACACCGAACAGCAGACAAAGAACACUAAGGAUGCGAAUACUAAAGGAUUGAGUAAGGUUCAUUUCCAAGAACUUGGUUGAUUUCGUGGUUCUUUUUCAAAUAGAGUGACUAUAGUUAAAAAAAUUUAAAUCGCAUAACGCGUAAUAUACGCACUGCACAACGCAUUACAGUUUCACAACAUAAGUCAGUUAACGCAAGGUUUAACGAAUUAAAUACAGUGGGUCUAGUACGAAAGCUUCCGAUAAAAUAUAAGUAACGUCAUCUACAAAAUUUGUAUAAGAGUUGUGCAAUUCCAGGUGUAAAAAACACAGACAAGUCUCAUACUUAACUACGUUACGAAUAUUUUCUCGUUAUCGCGUUAGACCCCCAGGUCUUGGAAAUGAACUAUAUUGCGAAAAGUAUAACAAAUGUACUUAGAAACAUCAUUUAAACAUGAUGUUUGUUGCGAAAUUGGUUUGGAAAUUGUACAGGAAAUAAUCUUGUUAACAUCUGAAGUAUUUACAAUACUCGUAAUAUUGUUUAAUAGCAAAUUAAUUGUUAUAAAAAUCAACGUAAAUACUUGGGAUGUUAACAGAAUUAAUGUUCGUAAGAUAUUCAUUGCAAGUCACUACGAAACAAUUCGAAAUUCAUCGUGAAAAAAUCUAGCCUGAUCAAGGAUAUAAAAACCCUCGUAAUAUUGCGAAAAAAUAUGGAACUAAUUUCUUUUCUGAUUAGAAGCUGAUAUAAUAAAGAAGUCAAUUGAGUGUUUCUCGAUGGGCUAAUCGAUUAGUAAUGUAAUUAUUUUCCCAUUGUACAUACAAUCAAUCGGCACAAUGGGAAAAUGUCCCAAUGGGUAGAUGGAUGGGUCAAACGGGAAACAGCUAGUCAAUUAAGUAUUGCCCUUAGACCAGGAUUUUUAUAUUCUCGGUUAGGCUAUAAUUAAUAAUUAAGAUUUUAUAGAAUUUGAUAGAACAGAAGUAGAUACAUUUCGAUUAUCGUAACACAUGUCUUAUCCAAAAAUGAAAGCGACAGCAACAUUGUUGUUAUACAUGUGUUACAACAGUGGAAACUCAUCGUUAGUUUUAAUCGUAUCGUACAGGCAUAAGCUUGGCUAUUAUAAUUAUGACUCUUGCACACUUUCAGAAUUUGUAGUAUAAUAUCAAGUUUUGUAGUCACUUGCUUCGAAAUAUUUAGUUAAGCUUGACACUAGUGUAACGAAAGACCCAGGUGUCUUAGUUAGAUAUAUUUUAUAUCAAGUUUGACUGUGGUUAGGUUCUUCAAUUUAUAUGACAUUUGACAACGGAGUUACAGCUCUAUACUAAAAAAGAUAAGACUGUGAGAGUUCUCUAUGUAAAAAAUACCAUUAAAAGCCUUUUACCAUUGAUACUGUAUUAUGUAGCUUAUCCCGUGUCUGUUAUAUAAAUAGUCUGAUAGGUGACCAGUAGAAAAAAGAUAUUAUAAAGUGUAGAGCUUGUUAAAAAUCUUUAAUUGCACAUAAAUGCGCAGCCUUAUAUGCAGGUGUAAGACAUGAUUGUAAAUUGUCACAAAAUCUUACCAUUGUUGGUGACAGUAGAGGUAGACCUAGAGACAGAUGGUUUGUGUGAAAGAUGACAUGAUCAAGGAGUGAUGACUGAGAUGACGGAUGACAGUUAUUCGGAAGAAAAAAACGACCCUAUGGGAAUAGGAUGUGGGAGAAGAUAGAAUAAGGGUGAGAACACACAAACGUUAUUCUUUUUAUUUCUAUGAAAAUUAGAUUUUUUUUUGUUCAUGUGUUGAAGCAGCUAUCCACAGUUAUAGACCUAUGAUUGUUAUAUGAAGGACAUUGU